AUGCUGCUAGGGAUCCAAGUUCCCUGUCUGAGCAGUUCUCCUUUCUCCUAUGCUCUGCAGAGACCAUUACCUCCCCAGAAUGUCGGCUUUAUCUUGCCCACGAAGGAAUCCGCGACAAAGCUCCGAAAUCAGCAGCGUGUAGCGUCAUUCAAGAUCCACUUCCGUUCUCCAGCCCCCAUCGCCUGUCUACUGCGCAGGCGUAGAGCCGAGGCGCGCCCUUCAGCACCAAGACGUAACUGCGCCUGCGUCAAACUAGGUCCGAGAAUCAGUGCCUACCAAUUAGAGUGCACGAUAUUCCCUAAUUCCCGCCUUGUGACUCAUCAGCCAAUCAUCUGCCUUGGCGCGCAGAGUCCAAAACAGACCGAAUUUGCUGAGCGCUGCGCUGCUAUGGAGUCUGUGGAGACGGCAGAGACCCAGGCGGAGGCGGCGUCUCGGGAGGUCCUGGCUGAAGUGGCAGACAUCCUGGAACUUAUAGGCUUGCAAGAAGAGGCAGAGCUGCCAGCCCAAAUCCUGGCUGAGUUUGUGAGGGACUCCCGGAAGAAGGACAAACUGCUUUGUAGCCAGCUUCAGGUAGUAGACUUCCUACAGAAUUUCCUGACUCAUGAGGAUACUUCCCAGGGCCUGGAUCCCUUGAUUUCUGAAGACGCAAACCGACAGAAGGCAAUUGCAGCCAAGGAACAAUGGAAAGAGCUGAAGGCCACCUAUCAGGAGCAUGUGGAGGCCAUAAGAAGUGCUGUGACCAAGGUCCUGUCCCAGGUGGAGGAGGCCCAAAGGAAGAGCACACAGCUCCAGGAGGCCGUUGAGCAGCUCCAGGCCAAGAAACAAGUGGCCAAGGAGAAAAUCAGAGCAGCCCAGAAGCAGUGGCAGCUGCAACAGGAAGAACAUCUGCAGAAUCUGGUAGAGAUUUCUGCAGAGGUAAAGGAGCGUCAGACUGCAACUCAGCAGGAGCUUGAGCGAUUAUAUCAGGAACUUGGAACCCUGAAACAGCGGGAAGGACAGGAACAGGAUAAGCUGCAGAAGCACCAGACCUUCCUCCAGCUGCUAUAUACCCUACAGGGUAAAACCCUGGUCCCUGAGUCUGACGUUAAGUGCCCAGCUACCACAGGAACUGCCCCUCCGUCUGCAUAUCCCUAA